AACAAUGAAUAAUACAUUAUAUUAUAUUGACAAAACAUGAACUCUUGUUCGCACUUAACCAUCUAUCAUAGUCAGUUUUAUCUGUCUUAAACUGGUGUAAAAACAACUUCUAAUUUACACACUAUAACAACAAAAUUAUUGUGGACGCAAGAUGCAGCAAUUCGUCGUCAUUUGUUUAUUGGUUAUGCUACCAAUUUUUAUUGCUCAAGGAAGAAGGCCGAAGAAUGGAGCUAAACAAGACACCCGGGCUGAUAUUAGAAAAUGUCGUGAUUGUAGACGAUUCUUUAAAGGGGAUAACUUCCAGCUGUGUCUAAAGUUAUUUUGCAGCACUGACAAGACCAGAAAGAAUUUGAAAAAUCGUAAAAGAUGCAACUCAUGCACUAGGUUCAGAGCCCAGAAGAAACAACAGACGUGUCGGGAAGUUUUCUGUACAGUACCUACUUCUCUUGAUCCGAACACCUUUACCAGAAUAGCAACUGCUUUAACAGUGGACAUGUUGUGUCAAUAUUGUAGGAUUAGAAGAAAUCGUAAUUGUCUUCGAAAGUUUGGUUGUCAAGGCUAAAGAGAAGAUUGUGCGUAUUAUCGUCUACAAGACACGCAAGCUUCAUGAUCUGUGAAUAUUUUGUUUAUAUUCCAUUAAUUGUUCAUUAAAUAUAUCAAACAUUAUAA